CCUCACCCUCCCUCACCCUCACCCUCACCCUCACCCUCACCCGCAGCCUCAGCCGCACCUCCACCCCACCCCCAUCCCCACGAUGACCUCCGCCGUCACCUCGUUGCUCGCCUUCGGAGGCUUUCCCGCUCCAUCGUUCAGCAAGCCCACAGCAGCAGACGUCUACGUGCUGGCCGUGCUCAUCUUCAAAUACUUUCCCCUCAUGACGCCUCUGGUGAAGCUGGUCAAUGCACCACACGGCAAAUUCGCCGUGCUGCAUUCCAAACUGAAUCUGCCAGGAAAUGCCGCUUGGAUGGCCAUGGAGAUUUGGUCGCCCCUCCUCUUUGCCCUCUCCGUCGCCAGUCCAGUGCUCUCCCACUCCAGCACUCAAGCCGUGCUCACCAACCUCGUUAGCCCAAGCUGGUCUCGUCUAGCAUCGCUGCCCACCCCAAACCUCAUCCUGGCUGCGGCAUAUGUUGCGCACUACACGCAUAGAGCCGUGCUGCAGCCGCUCAGGUCUCCUGCUCGGUCGCCCAUUCACCUCUCCGUCGCCCUCUCGGCCACCGCCUUCAAUCUGCUCAACGGCUUUGUGAUGGGAUCGUGGAUCGGAGGGCGUUCGCCAUCGAUGCUGCUUCCGAGCAGCAUUUUCAGCGUCUCUGCCGUGACCGCCGCCCAGCCCUUGCGCGCAGCCAGCUGGUUCUCUGCCUUGCUUCCUCGCAAUCCCAGUCUGACGGGAGCCAAGGGAGCGGCCACUGCACCUCUCGCUUCUCCUGGCCUCUUGCCCGAGUCUGCGCUGUACAGCCCCUUGUUCUGGAUGGGUGUAAUCGGUUGGGCUGUGGGCUUUGCUGGCAACGUCUACCACGACGAAAUCCUCAUGGACAUUCGAAGACCAAAGGCGGGCCAGGCAGACCCAGCGAGCAAGGCAGUGGAGAAGAGGGGCAGCAGCGCGCCGCCAAAGUACGAGAUCCCCAACGGUGGGCUGUACAGUUACAUCAGCUUUCCCAACUACCUCUGCGAGUGGACCGAAUGGUCUUUUUACGCCGUCGGCGCCCUCUCGCUCUCUGCCAUCUCUCCCCUUUCCCGCGCCAACACCUCUCCACCUCUGGUCUGGUGGGCAUACCCUUUGCUCUUGCUGAGCGCACCUCCCGCUCUCUUUGUCCUCUCUGAAAUCACCGCCAUGCUACCUCGCGCGCUCAACGGCCACGCUUGGUACCGCGCCAAGUUUGGCGUGCAGGGAGAUGGAAAGGGUGGCAGGUACCCUGCAGAGCGCAAAGCGAUCUUUCCUGGACUCCUUUGAAGCGCGCCAGGGAGUCAGAGGGUCGCGCCAUCUUUCCUGGGCAACGCGCAUCACGACACAACGUACACGUAGAGGUAA